UGUUUUCGCCGUUAAGAAGCUUUUAAUGCUUUCUGCUUUACUCUCUCUCUCUCUCUCUCUCUGUUUUCUAUUCAGAAUUUCAGACCAACCCAGCAUUUAAAGCACUCAUUUUUUUCUUUCAUUCAUUAAUUCCUUCUAGGGUUCUCUCUCUCUCUCUUUGUGAGUGUGUUGCUCCCGGUCCUUUCGCCGCGAAUAACUCCUGAAACUCUCUGUGUUCCAGCACCGUUUUGAGGCAAAGCAAACCAAGAAUGGUUUUUCAUUUUCAUUUUCAUUUCUCAUCUUAUCAACAACAACAACAACCAGAAUUCAGUAUCUCUCAGUUCGGACACAAUCUUUUUUCUUGUUUUCUCCGAACUGGUUAAACCAUUUUCACGUGUUCUCUGUUUUGUUUAACUCAUCUUUUCUGUUGUUGUUGUUCUUCUUCUUCUUCUUCUGUAGAGAAAAAACAACGCUUCUUUGUUUUAUUUGUUGUUUGUUCAAUUCAAAUUAAGCUAAGAAUGCUACUCAAGUUCUGUUUUUUACUUGCCUUUGUUCCUUCUUUUAUACAAUCUUUGGACCCAACGUUGAACGACGACGUUCUUGGGCUAAUCUUCUUCAAGGCAGGACUUGAAGACCCAGAAGGGAAGUUGACAUCUUGGAAUGAAGACGAUGAAAGUCCCUGCAGCUGGGUUGGAGUUAAAUGUGAUCCGAGGACCAACCGGGUCAUCCAGCUCACUCUUGAUGGCUUAUCUCUUUCUGGGCAUAUUGGUCGUGGCCUCUCACGGUUACAGUCUCUUCAAGUUCUUUCUUUAUCGAAAAACAACUUAACUGGGACUAUAAACCCUGAUCUUUCACACUUUGCUACCUUACAUGUUAUGGACUUUGGUGAAAAUAAUCUAUCUGGUUCUGUCCCUGAUGAGUUGUUUAAACAAUGUGGUACUUUAAGAGUGGUUUCAUUUGCUAACAACAAUCUUAAUGGUCAGCUUCCUGAUUCAUUAAGCUAUUGUCCAAAUUUAGUCUCAGUCAAUUUUUCAUCUAAUCAGCUUUCUGGGCGGUUGCCUGCUGGCAUAUGGUAUUUGAGGAGUCUUCAAUCUCUUGAUUUGUCCGAUAAUUUACUGGAGGGAGAUGUUGUUGAUGGGAUUGCAAAUUUGUAUGAUUUGAGAGCCUUAAAGUUAGGUAAAAACAGGUUUUCUGGGCCGCUACCGGAUGAUAUUGGAGGUUGUUCACUCCUGAAAGUUGUUGAUUUUAGUGAGAAUUCUUUGUCUGGAAGCCUUCCGGAUUCAUUGCAAAGAUUGAAUUCAUGUGCUUCUCUUUAUUUGCAUGGAAAUUCAUUCACUGGAGAAGUUCCAGAAUGGAUUGGGAAACUGGGAAAUCUUGAAAAUUUGGAUCUUUCUGAGAAUUUUUUCUCUGGUAGGAUUCCGUUUUCGUUAGGAAAUCUUCAUUUGCUGAAGGAAUUUAAUGUGUCAAUGAACCAGUUUACAGGAGGGUUGCCAGAGUCUUUGACAAAUUGUGUUAACCUUUUGGCUAUUGAUAUUAGCCAGAAUAAUUUGACAGGUAAUCUGCCUUUAUGGAUUUUUAAGAUGGGGUUACAAAGGUUGUCACUUUCAGGGAAUAGACUCGGUGGAAGAAUUGAUUAUGCUUCAUUUAGUUCAAUUAAUCAAGGUCUUGAGGUCUUGGAUCUAUCUUCAAAUGUAUUAUCUGGUGAAAUUCCAUCUAAUAUUGGAGUUCUUAGUAGCUUGCGGUUGUUGAAUAUGUCCAGGAACCAUCUGAUUGGUUCUAUUCCAGCAAGUGUUGGAGCAUUGAAAGCUACCCAAAUUCUUGAUCUGAGUAACAACUGGUUACAUGGAAGCAUUCCUUCAGAAAUUGGUGGUGCAGUUUCACUCAAGGAACUGAGGCUGGAGAAGAACUACUUGUCUGGUAAAAUUCCAGUUCAAAUCGAGAACUGCUCAUCUCUGACAUCUUUGAUCCUAUCGCACAACAACCUCAGUGGCUCAAUCCCUGCUGCCAUUGCAAACCUAAGCAACCUUCAAUACGUAGACUUGUCUUUCAAUAACCUCACUGGUAGCUUACCCAAAGAGCUGACAAAUCUUUCCCGCCUUGUGUCCUUUAAUAUUUCCCACAAUCAUUUUCUAGGUGAACUACCAGUUGGGGGCUUCUUCAACACUAUCUCUGCCUCAUCUGUCUCUGGGAAUCCAUCUCUCUGUGGCUCUGUUGUCAACCACUCCUGCCCAUCUAACCAUCCCAAGCCCAUUGUUCUCAACCCCAACUCUUCAGACUCAUCCCAUGGUGGCUCCUCUCAAAAUCACCGUCGCAAGAUUGUACUCAGCAUUUCUGCCCUUAUUGCCAUUGGAGCAGCAGCUUUUAUUGCAAUUGGUGUAGUAGCUGUCACUGUCCUUAAUAUCCAUGUGCGGUCUUCUAUGUCACGGGCUGCUGCUGCUCUCAUGUUAUCUGGUGAAGAAGAUUAUAGUUGCUCUCCCACUAAGGACCCAAAUUAUGGAAAGCUUGUAAUGUUUUCUGGUGAUGCUGAAUUUGCUGCUGGGGCCAAUGGGCUGCUCAACAAGGACUGUGAACUUGGUCGUGGUGGGUUUGGAGUUGUUUACCAGACAACCCUGGGAGAUGGGCGUUCAGUUGCCAUCAAGAAGCUAACAGUUUCAGGGUUGAUUAAGUCCCAAGAAGAUUUCGAAAGGGAAAUGAAAAAACUUGGAAAGAUAAGGCACCAUAAUCUUGUGACACUUGAAGGAUAUUACUGGACUCCAUCUUUGCAACUUCUCAUCUAUGAAUUCAUCGCAGGAGGGAGUCUGUAUAAGCAUCUCCAUGAUGGAGCUAGUAAAAAUAUCCUAUCUUGGCGGCAGAGAUUCAAAAUAAUCCUGGGGAUGGCAAAAGGAUUGGCCCAUCUGCAUCAAGUGAACAUGAUUCAUUACAAUCUGAAAUCAACCAAUGUUCUAAUAGAUGGUUCUGGUGAGCCCAAGGUGGGAGAUUUUGGCCUGGCAAGAUUGUUGCCAAUGUUAGAUCGCUGCAUCUUAAGUAGCAAAAUUCAGAGUGCACUUGGUUACAUGGCUCCUGAGUUUGCAUGUCGAACAGUGAAAAUAACCGAAAAAUGUGAUGUUUAUGGAUUUGGAGUCUUGGUUUUGGAGGUGAUUACAGGGAAAAGACCUGUGGAAUAUAUGGAGGAUGAUGUGGUUGUGCUUUGUGACAUGGUGAGGGGAGCACUGGAGGAUGGCAGGGUAGAAGAAUGUGUUGAUGGAAGGCUUGGAGGCAAUUUUCCCCCAGAUGAAGCAAUUCCAGUGAUAAAGCUUGGUCUGAUAUGUGCAUCUCAAGUGCCAUCAAAUCGGCCUGACAUGGAAGAGGUGGUCAAUAUUUUGGAAUUGAUCCAAUGCCCUUUAGAAGGGCAACAAGAGGAGUUGGAAUGACACAAACUUGUAGAAAUUGAAGAACUAAACAAAUCAUGAGAAGAUUUCUGGUGAAGAAGAAUCCGGUUCCUCUCUUAAACAAAAAAGAAGAGAUAGAUUGUUCAAUAUCCAUUUAUUUUCCAUUUUUGUUUGUUGUUUUUUCAUUGUAUUUUUCCUUUUUGCCUUCUGUUUCUUUUUUCCUUUGGGAAUUUGUUACAGUUUUCUUUAUCGGAUUCUUCUUCAUCAGAUGAACAUGAAACUUAAAAAUAUUGUUCAAUGAUAUAUCUAUCAAUAUACCAAAGUCACAGGAACCCUCUUUGGUUUCGCUGUGUCUCAUAUUGUUUAUAUA